AUGUUUAUUAAAGCGUUCGAUGAUCAGCACCAGACACCCCCUGUCUACACACCACCCGUCUACACACGACCCGUCUACACACCACCCGUCUACACACCUCCUGUCUACACACCACCCGUCUACACACCACCCGUCUACACACCUCCUGUCUACACACCUCCUGUCUACACACCUCCUGUCUACACACCCCCUGUCUACACACCACCCGUCUACACACGACCCGUCUACACACCACCCGUCUACACACCUCCUGUUUACAUACCACCCGUCUACACACCACCUGUCUACACACCCCCUGUCUACACACCACCCGUCUACACACCACCCGUCUACACACCUCCUGUCUACACACCACCCGUCUACACACCACCUGUCUACACACCUCCUGUCUACACACCACCUGUCUACACACCACCGGUCUACACACCACCUGUCUACACACCCCCUGUCUACACACCCCCUGUCUACACACCGCCUAUCUACACACCUCCUGUCUACACACCUCCUGUCUACACACCCCCUGUCUACACACCCCCUGUCUACACAUCUCCUGUCGACACACCACCUGUCUACACACCUCCUGUCUACACACCUCCUGUCUACACAACCCCUGUCUUUACACCCCCUGUCUACACACCCCCUGUCUACACACCUCCUGUCGACACACCUCCUGUCUACACACCCCCUCACCCCCUGUCUACACACCUCCUGUCUACACACCCCUCACCCCCUGUCUACACACCUCCUGUCUACACACCACCUGUCUACACACCCCCUGUCUACACACUCCUUGUCUACACACCUCCUGUCUACACACUCCCUGUCUACACACCUCCUGUCUACACACCUCCUGUCUACACACCUCCUGUCAACACACCUCCUGUCUACACACCCCCUGUCUACACACCACCCGUCUACACAUCCCCUGUCUACAUACCCUCUGUCUACACACAACCUGUCUACACACUCCCUUCACCGCAACGCUGCAGGGACAGUAUUGUGUCCCAGAGACGCUGCAGGGACAGUAUUGUGUCCCAGAGACGCUGCAGGGACAGUAUUGUGUCCCAGAGACGCUGCAGGGACAGUAUUGUGUCCCAGAGACGCUGCAGGGACAGUAUUGUGUCCCAGAGACGCUGCAGGGACAGUAUUGUGUCCCANGCGGUUGGGGGCGGGGGGGGCGACACCUGCCGCGGAUGUGCUGCUCGUGUGAACUUCCUGAGUCGCGACGCGUGGCCGCGUUAA